UGCGACGGCAACUACACGGGCACCACAGUGGGUCUGUCCAACCAAGGGCUCUCGGGGACGAUCCCUCCGCAACUGGGUGACAUCUCGCAGCUGCAGAGGCUUGGUCUGUCCGGCAACUCCAUCUCGGGCACCAUCCCUCCGGAGACGAGCAAGCUCUCGCAGCUGGAGUGGCUUAACCUGUUCAGCAACUCCAUCUCGGGCACCAUCCCUCCGGAGACGGGCACGCAGCUGCAGUUCCUUCGGCUGGGCAGCAACUCCAUCUCGGGCACCAUCCCUCCGGAGACGAGCAAGCUCUCGCAGUUGACGUACCUUGGUCUGAGCAGCACGUCCAUCUCGGGCACCAUCCCU